CUUAGGCUCUAACAUGAUGCAUGCUGGGCAAAGGGGUGCAGUAUGGCUUUUUUUUUACUUUUUGUUAGCCUUAAUACUAAUAUGUCAUUAACUGCUUGCAUUCAUAGGGCCCAUUGAUUUAGUUUGCCUUUAGUACCAACCAAGCUAAUGAUUGAAAAAGUAUUAUUAAAAUCUUGCAAAUUUGCUAUUUUGUUUGGAACAAUGAAACAAAUUAAAACUACUCUGAUGCACUGUUUAUUGCUUUACUAUCUUUGCUUUUAUUUAAAAAAAAAAGAGAGAAACUGCAAAUCAUCUGGUAAAGGUUUUUGUUGUUUUCUGUUUUUCAAACUUAUUAAAAAAAUAGUGGGGAAAUUUGAUCUCUACAUUUUUUAAAUAAAUACUUUUAUAUUCAAUAACAUUUAUAUAUAUUCUUAGAGCAAUUACUUUUCCUUUUAAAAACAACAACUUUAGACCUUUUCUUAUUAAUAUAACUACCUAAACAUCUUACUACCAGUACACUGUGUGCUCAAAUCUCUUCAGUUGAAUCAAGGGAGCACUAUUCACCUUGUUUAAAAAAGGCUAUAGCUAACAGAAAAAAUAAAUUAAUAGAUAAAGAAGUUGACCUAUCAUUUUGAUGGUGUAACAAUCUUUUAAUAAAAAAGAAAAGAUUGGAUACACAUAUCAUCAUCAUCUUUGGAUACAACAAUAUUGUGAUCAUAUUAAAUUUGGCUGUAAGAGAAAAACUCCAUUUAAUUACAUUAUAUCUUUAUAAUAGGACAUUGUUCAGCUACUCUCAAUUCAUAUUAUUAUUAACCAACUAUUGAAGUUGUUGCUUGUUUGCUGCCUUAGUGUUUUGAAAUGAUAGUUACAAAAAUCAAAUAAAUAAAUAUUACUACUUGUUCUUUUUUAAUUUGUUUGCUAAUCAUUAACAUUAACUUACAGAAUGACAUAACCAAGAAGUUGAAUUCAAUUAUAAGCCCACACUUAUUUAUAUGCAGUUUAUGCUGGUUAAUUGAAUAACUUGAUGGACUUCUUUAUUUUUUGGCGACCGGGAUCGGAGGUCAUUUACUGGAUCCCAGGAGUCAUUGGACACAACAGUUACAUCCCAGGAUAAGGGCAUGUUUCGAUGGAUUGUUGCUUUCUGGAGACUGAGAGAUGUAGACAUCCUCAACAAGUGUGGUCGAGAUGCCAUUCAGUAUCUGUCUUUCCAACGCUACCUCCUUGUGUACAUUUCCAUCAUCACAGUUUUGUCAGUUGGUGUCAUACUUCCUUUAAACUUCCAGGGAUCUCUGUUGGGUACAUCAGCAGAUUUCGGUCACACCACUAUUGGAAAUUUAGAGUCUAACGACCCCAUCUUGUGGGUCCAUGCGGUCAUGGCUGUAGUCUACUUAGUCAUUGUCAUUGGUGUCCUCAGCCACUUUAGACUCAACUUGGAUGUUGAGGAAGAUGAACAGGUUAGCAGAACCUUGAUGGUGUCCAACAUACCAAAACAUAAAUGUUUUCACAGUACUAUUCUCCAACACUUUGAAGAAGCCUAUCCUGAAGCCAAUGUUACAGACAUCCAGUUUGCUUAUGAUAUUGCAGGUCUUGUACUUCUGGACAAACACAGGAAAAGAGCUGCUGAGGCCAAACAAUUCUGUGAAAAUAUUUAUAAAACAACUGGCCAGCGUCCAAUGAUGAGACCUGUCAUCUGUGGUCAAAUAUGUUGCUGCUGUGCAGAGGUGGAUGCCAUUAAUUUUUACCAAGCUGAAGAAGCUGAGCUGAAGAAAGCUUGUGAAGAAGAGAAGGAAACAGCAUACCAGACUCCACUGGGAAUAGCUUUCAUCACAUUGGCUUCAGAAUCACAAGCACAAAGGAUUCGAACUGACUUCCGUGCAAGUUGUAAAGGAACACAUAAUCCUCAAAUGUCCAGUUUAUAUCAGGAGCUACAAGUUCAGAAUUGGAUCAUGCAUUUUGCUCCUUCCCCAGAAAGUAUACAUUGGGAGAAUUUAUCUGUUCCGGACUGGCGGUGGUGGACAACAGCUAUCUGCAUUAAUGGUGUGCUGAUUGUCCUUCUGUUUUUCUUGACCACUCCCAUCAUGUUUCUUCACACUCUUGACAUGUUAAAUAUAGACAUUAAGAAACCUGUGGAAAACUUACAUAGUGCUUAUCUGGUACAGUUUCUGCCAACUUUACUUCUAUGGAUUUUCUCUGCUCUGCUACCCAGUAUAGUUUAUUGGUCUGAUCAGAUCAUUGGACAUUGGACUAAAACUGCUGAACAUCAUGCAAUCAUGAGGAAAACAUUUAUAUUUAUUUUAUUUAUGGUGCUGAUACUACCGUCACUUGGACUUACCAGUGCAAAAGCUUUGUUUGAAUGGAUAGUGAUGAGUAAAACCAGAAGUCUCCAGUGGCAGUGCAUAUUUUUGCCUGGUAAUGGCUCCUUUUUUGUCAACUACAUCAUUACAUCAGCCUUUAUUGGUGCUGCCUUAGAGCUUUUGCGCUUCUCUGAGCUUUUUAUUUAUGGAGUCAAGCUGUUGUUUGCCAGGUCUGUUGCAGAGAGAGCUGCUGUCAGAAAAUCAGUGCUUUGGGACUUUCAGUAUGGUGUUCAGUACGCUUGGAUGCUGUGUAUGGUGGCUAUAAUAGUUUCAUAUAGCAUUCCUUGCCCACUGGUCACUCCCUUUGGAUUAAUCUAUCUGCUCUUCAAGCAUGUGGUGGACAGGUACAACAUUUUUUUUGCUUAUAAUUCAUCACGCAUCAAUAAACACAUUCAUGGUUCAGCUGUGACAUUUGUGCUAUGGGCUGUUAUACUGCUACAAUUCAAUGUGGUGUUCUUCACUGGGUUGAGGGCAGAAGGUUUUGAUCCAGUGUUUAUCUUCUCUUGUGUUGCCCUGUUCAUCACUUUGAUCAUUUUUGUUGGCCGCAUUAGCUUUGGAUGGUUUAAACACUUGCGACGACCACGGUAUAGGAACUUUGAAGAAAGUGAACCUGACUCCAUGGUGAAUAGUGAUGAUACUCUAGACACUCACAUCUCUAAGCCUUUUGUAGCCAGUGUACUGACUCAAGAUCUCUCCCUGGAACAUGAACAGAGUAGUUCUUCUCAUACCUCUGGCUAUGGAGCAACACACAGCACUCUUGGUCAGGAGGACUUCUCCAGUAUCCCCCAGUCCCCUCUCGCUCAGAUCUCUUAGUGACCUACUAACACAAAAAUGUCAUAGUGACCUAGGACUGUCUCUCUAAGCUCUGAGUUUCAUUCUUGUCAAAUGUUUCAGUUUUUUUGGUCUUAAUUGUGAUAGUUUCAAUGUUAUUGAUGUUUCUUACUGACAGACAUUAUAGAUCUUCUUAUUGUUUCUUCAUUAUUUUUUUUUAUUUGUGCAGAAUUUUUUUCAAAGAGACAUUUUUCUUCAUAAGAAUGUUAAACUAGUUUUAAAAGAUUAUCUUUCAAGAAAUAAAAUCUGAGGGUUAUGGAAAAUAUCUUUAUUGUCUUCUACAAUUUUAAAUCUUGAAUUGGAAUGUUUUCGUAUUGACUGCUGGGUUUCAUUUUGUUUUGUUUUUUAAUAAAUUUCAUUUUAUAAAAAUGUAUAUUUCUGGCCAAGACUAAAAUUAUAAAUUAUUUUCAUCAUUAUUUUUGUUACAUUACGAAUCGUUUUAAUCUUUAAAAAAAUUAUAAGAGAAUUUGUAUAUUAUUGUAGUUUCAGAAAUAUGAAGCAUAUCUUACCUCUUCAUUAAUACCAAGCCUAUUUAGUUUUUCUAUCUAUACUUUAUAUAAAUUGUCAGGCUUAAAUGGGCUUAAUAAAUGUUUGUUAAGAUUGCAAAGUUGAUUAUAUUUUCAUGUAAGUCAAGUAGGUGCGUUUGAAAUAUAAAUGCAUUCACUGCUCAUAUCUUUAUAUAUAUUUUUUGGUGUCUUUGACUUUGAUUUGCUUGUUUCAGAAUCAAAAGGAAUUUUGACUAAAUCCUGUUACAUGAUGCAUAACAUUUCCCUUGCAUUACUAUUUGUUGGCCUUGUUGUACAAUGGGUGUUUUUAAACAGUGUAAGAAUCAUAGUAGUGCUUAAACAUCCAUAGACAUUAUAGUAUUUCCUAUAUGACAGUAACGAUUGAGACACAAGGUAUUGCAAUAAAGGA